CUUCCUCUUCCUCCUGUCCUCGUGUCCUUCUUUUUUCUUCUCUUACAAUACCCCGCCUAAUUCGCUAGUGGAGAGAAACCCAAUCCUUCCACUACGCUCUGCUCUGUUCUUUCUUCAGAGAAAAAAGUCAUUGCUGUUUCUUCGAUACCAACUACUCGCCCAAACACUCUCACAAUGGCCAACAAGCCUCAUGGUGGUGUCCUGAAGGACCUUAUUGCUCGCGAUGCCCCGCGCCAGGAGCAGCUCGCCGCUGAGGCGGAGCGCCUCCCCGCUAUUAUUCUGACUGAGCGCCAACUCUGCGAUCUCGAGCUGAUUAUGAACGGUGGCUUCAGUCCCCUGGAGGGUUUCAUGAACGAGAAGGACUACGACAGAGUUGUUGAGGAAUCUCGCUUGGCCGACGGCAAUGUCUUCUCCAUGCCCAUCACCCUGGAUGUCUCCCAGCAGGUGCUCGAUGAGACCAAGCUCAAGGCUGGAUCCCGUGUCACCCUUCGUGACUUCCGCGACGACCGCAAUCUGGCUAUUCUGACCGUCGACGAUGUCUACCGCCCUAACAAGGCGAAGGAAGCCGAGCUGGUCUUCGGCGGCGACGAGGAACACCCUGCCAUCAAGUACCUCAACACCCAGGUUCACGAGUUCUACAUCGGAGGAAAGCUCGAGGCUGUCAACAAGCUCAACCACUACGACUAUGUCGCCCUUCGCUACACCCCUGCCGAGAUGCGUGCCCACUUCGACAAGCUCGGCUGGUCCCGAGUUGUCGCUUUCCAGACCAGAAACCCCAUGCACAGAGCUCACCGUGAACUGACUGUUCGCGCCGCCCGUGCUCGCCAGGCCAAUGUCCUGAUCCACCCCGUCGUUGGUCUCACCAAGCCCGGUGACAUUGACCACUUCACCCGUGUCCGUGCCUACCAGGCUCUGCUGCCCCGGUACCCCAACGGAAUGGCCAUCCUGGGUCUCCUGCCCCUGGCCAUGCGUAUGGGUGGUCCCCGUGAGGCUGUCUGGCACGCCAUUAUCCGUAAGAACCACGGUGCCACUCACUUCAUCGUUGGUCGUGACCACGCUGGUCCGGGUAAGAACUCCAAGGGUGUCGACUUCUACGGCCCCUACGAUGCUCAGCACGCCGUCGAGAAGUUCAGAGAUGAGCUUGGCAUCGAGGUCGUCGAGUUCCAGCAGGUCACCUACCUGCCCGACACCGAUGAGUACAUGCCCAGGGACCAGGUCCCUGCUGGUACCAAGACCCUCGACAUCUCCGGCACCGAGCUCCGCAAGCGCCUCCGUACCGGCGCCCACAUCCCCGAGUGGUUCUCCUACCCCGAGGUUGUCAAGAUCCUCCGCGAGUCUAACCCCCCUCGCCACACCCAGGGUUUCACCAUCUUCCUUACCGGCUACCAGAACUCCGGCAAGGACGCCGUGGCUCGUGCCCUGCAGGUGACUCUCAACCAACAGGGUGGUCGCUCCGUCUCCCUUCUGCUCGGUGACACCGUCCGCCACGAGCUUUCCUCCGAGCUGGGCUUCAGCCGCGAGGACCGCCACACCAACAUCCAGCGCAUCUCUUUCGUUGCCGCCGAGCUCACCCGCGCCGGUGCUGCCGUCAUCGCCGCCCCGAUUGCCCCCUACGAGGAGUCCCGCCAGGCUGCUCGCGAGGCCAUCUCGCAGGCCGGUACCUUCUUCCUCAUCCACGUCGCUACUCCUCUCGAGUACUGCGAGCGCACCGACAAGCGUGGCAUCUACGCCAAGGCUCGCCGUGGUGAGAUCAAGGGCUUCACCGGUGUCGACGACCCGUAUGAGGCUCCCGCCAAGGCUGAUCUCGUUGUCGACGUCUCUAAGCAGUCCGUCCGCAGCAUCGUGCACGAGAUCAUCCUCAUGCUCGAGAGCGACGGCUUCCUUGACCGCGCAUAAAUGUAAAUCGGACGUAAUAGGUGGAUGAACAAUACUAGUUUGGGGGAGCUUUCUUGUCCUACAUAGAUUAGAUAUAUUUAUUAUUUGAUAC